GGGUCGCCGACGGAGGAGGAGACGACGCCGCUGGAGGAACGGCUGGUAGCCGAGGGAGAAUACGCGCCGCUUCACGACGAGAACUCGAUGCAGAUGCUUCAGCUGACCGACAACGAUGCGUACAACAACAGCCUUAAGGGACGACUGCUGCGGAGUCAGGCCCUCCGUGACGACGCCUCGCCUCCCCCGCCAGAUCUCGAGGCUGCGCUGCUCGCCGAGAGAGCCGCCGAGAAGGCGGAGAAACACGAGAGGGCCAAGCAUCGGCACCCGCGCCUCAACAAGCAGAGCAGCUCACAGAAAAGCAACGAAGAUCACUCGCCGGCCCUGUCCCGAGAUUCGAGCACAGAAGCCUACACAGACUCAACAGGGAUCGACCUUGAAGAGUUCAUCUCAAUGACCUUGCACAAGAAUCCGAAUGAUCGGCGCGUGCUGCUCAAGUUGGAACAGGACAUGACGUCGUUGGUCAAAGACACGAAGCGGCAGUUGAUGAAGUUCCAGCCGAUGAGUUCGUACCACCGCAUGCUCGUUCACCGCGUCGCAGCCUACUUCGGACUCGAACACAACGUCGACAGCACGGGCACAUCCGUAGUCGUGAACAAAGCAAAGAACACGCGAGUACCAGAGAACAAGUUCAGGCAGCUGAUAAGAGACGAUUCGUUGGGAGAUGAGCCCAAGCGACUCCUGAAGCGGGAAGGAGCAGGCAGCGGAGGCAGCUUUGGCAGUAGCUUUGAGGAUGGCAAGGGGACGCACAGCCCUGGAAGGCAGUCGUCGACGGAAAGCAUGAGGAGGAACAAGUCGAUCGAGGAACGAGAAGAGGAGUACCAAAAAACCAGAGCUAGAAUAUUUAAUCAGGAUCAGGUAGCGUCCCCUAGUCAGGUGGCUACGAACGGCGGCGGAGCAGUGGUCAGCGGUGGGGAGGUGGCGCCACCGCAGCCGCAGAUGCUGACGCCGCCGACGGUCGUGCCGCAGGCCGGACAGUUCAUCUGGGCCGUCUCGAACCUGGAGUCGAUACCGCCGGGGGCCGUGUUGAUCAAUCCACAGACAGAGUCACUAGGUUGUGAUAAACCGACAUACGCCACAGCGCCGACGCUGUUCAUGCCAAAGCCUCACUCGCAGCACGUCACGCCCGCCAGCUCCACCAGCCAAUCGCCACAGCCGUCUGGACGCCAGUCACUCAGCCCGCGUGUAGAGCAGGUAGCGUCCCCUAGUCAGGUGGCUACGAACGGCGGCGGAGCAGUGGUCAUCGGUGGGGAGGUGGCGCCACCGCAGCCGCAGAUUUUGACGCCGCCGACGGUCGUGCCGCAGGCCGGACAGUUCAUCUGGGCCGUCUCGAACCUGGAGUCGAUACCGCCGGGGGCCGUGUUGAUCAAUCCACAGACAGGUGAGUUAGUUCCACCUAGUACUGUGCUGGUCAACCCACGAAGAGGUGAGUUGGAGUCUGCGGGCGAUGCACCUGUACAGUAUCAGCACCUGCACAUGACGCAUUCACAGUCUCCCGACAGCUCGGUCGACUAUCAUCCACAACAGAUGGCGCCACACGUGCCUCAGCAGCCGUUCCCAUGGCCGGGCAUGCGCAUGCCUGUCGUCUCCGUUUAUGCACCUAACGGCCAACACCACCCUCACCAACAGCAGCAGCAGCAGCAGCAGCAACAACAACAACAGCAGCAACAACAGCAGCAACAGAUGCAAGGGCCUCCACAGGUGUAUCAGUACGCGGCGGCGGCCAACAGUGGAGCUAUGCACUCUAGUCAGCAGCAGCAGCAGCAGCAGGUCAAGUACAUGUACCCGAUGGGUCAUGUACCGCAGCCAGUCAGCGUGCUAUCCCAGCAUGCACUGGCGGAGAACGGGUCGCAGGGGCGACCGCCGCAGCCUCCGACGGCCGGACCGCAGUACAUAGGGUAUCCAGUGGUGAACUACUCACAGUCACAACCACUGCAGCAGCCUGCUCACAUACAAGCAGCCCAGCAGCAACAGCAGCAGCAGCAACAACAGCAGCAACAGCAACAACAGCAGCACCACCACCAACAACAGCAGCAUCAGCAGCCAAACCCUGUGUCAGAACAGGCCUAUGUAGGUGGCGCCGUCUAUGGGCCUUCCACCCAACCAGUCUAUCAACAGGUGGCGAUGGCGCCGGGCUACUAUGCGUCGAGCAUGAGCGCGCCCGCGUCGGCGGCGGCGGCGGCGUACGGUCUUCAGUCUCCCGCCGCCGUCCCCGCUGGCUACUACAGCGCCCCCAUGACGACGUCCGUGCAAGUCGUGCCGAGCAUAGCCUACUCCGGCGGCGGCGGCGGCGGCGGCUAUCGCAUGCAGACGUCGGCGCCACCUAGGGUGAUCGGGAACGGAACCAACGCGCCCAUAGCCCAGCAGACGCACGCGAUGAUGCAACAGCAACCGGUGACGCCACCUAUUGGGCAGCAGCAGUUUGCCUACCCGGCAGCGGCGGCGGCAGCAGCGUACAUGCAUCCGCAUGCGCAGCCGGGGGCGGCGGCGGCGGCGAUGGCCCCCGUGCAGCACUACGGCGCCGCCGCAAUCCCAGCGUACCCUGUGAUACGUCAGGUGGCGCCGCCUGGAGGCGUCGCCGCCGCGCAGGCCAAGAUGGUCGGCGACAAGGUCGGAUUCGUCGGAGGACAGCACAUCGCCGCCGGCAGAGUCGGGUAUGAGUACGGCCCGCAUCAGUCGCUCGUCGCGGGGAUGCAGAAGAUGAAUGUGAUGCAGCCACGCCGACCCGUCUCCACGACGACCUUCAUCCGACCGGCCUACGCACAAGGUUCCGUGCUGUCGACGCCCGCCUGCGCUCUGGAAGUGUACGACUAUCCAGAGAGCAUCACCUGCCUCGACAUGGAGGUGAUGCUGCGAGACCUCACCGAGAUGGGCUGUCACAUCCAGUUCCUGCAGGAGCCGGGAGGCGUGCCCGUCAGCUACAAGUCGUACAAGGUGUCGGCGCAGACGAGUACUGUGUUAGCGACGUUCGACACGGAGGCGGCCGCCCAGGGUGCGCUGCGGCAGUCGGCGAAGUGCGCGCGCUACAAACUGCGCUUGUCCCAACGCAGGGGCGUCGAUUCCAGAUGA